AUGGCCGCUGAGCACCUCAAAACCCUAUUCGAGUCUGACUCGUUCGUCUCCGGGUAUAAAACCGGCGAGAGGAUCACAGGCACAUUCGCCAGGUCCCUCGUUGACCAAAGCCGGAUCCUCACGGAGUCCAGUACCGCGCCCGACAGACCUCUCGUCGUUCUUGAUAAUGCAUGCGGCACUGGCGUGGUUUCGAGCAUCCUCCACCAUGGGCUUGAUGAGCAGGCCAGGAAGCAGUGGACCUUGACCUGUGGUGAUAUCUCCGAGCUGAUGCUGAAGUAUACACGCGCCAGAGCGGAGGAGGAGGGGUGGCUGAAUGUCGAGGUGAAGAGUGUAGAUGCGCAGGACACAGGUCUCCCGUCUGGGCAGUUUACGCAUAUGUUUACUGCGUUUGCGUUCAUGGCACUCCCUCAGUCGCAGGCUGCUUUGGAUGAGUCACUGAGAAUUCUCCAACCGGGUGGAACUAUCGCCUUCUCAACAUGGAUUGAGCCCGGAUGGGUCUCCGUCAUGAACAAUGCCAUCGCAACAAUGCCAGGCAAUCUGCCCUUCCCCACAGCAAAAGAAUUCCUCAGUACUAUCGGCGACGGGCAGUGGGAUUCCGUGCUGUGGAUUGAAUCCCAGCUCCAGCAGCGGGGAUUCACAGACAUAAACGUCAAGGCCGACACGGAGCACAUCCCGCUGACCAACAAGGAGAUGCUGGAGUCGACCAUGAUGAUGUUUCCCGUGAUCGCGCAGAAUUUCUGGACGGCGGAACAGCGCGAGCAGCAUCAAGCUAAGGUCCGGCCGGCACUGGCGCGGUAUUUGGAAGAGCAGUAUGGGGAGGAUGGGGUUGUGCCGAUGGAUUGGACUGCUAUUCUUUCUACGGCGCGGAAGGCAUGCUGA